CUGUGGGUUAAUUUUCGGUUAAUCGCCUAUUAAUUGAGUCAAUUAAUUAUUUAUUUUACUUCAACAUAUGUUUAUUCUUAUCAUAAAACGUUGUUUUUAUCAGUGACAGUUAGUUUAUUCAACCAAUUUGCCGUACUGACAAACCCGUACGUCAAGUUCUUACCCCUUGGUAUUACAAUUUCUGGAUCAAGUCCCCUUUCAUGCGCCAGAGCGUGUAUGGAGUCUAGGUGUUUUUCCUUUAUUUUCAACAGCUCACUUCAUACCUGCAGCCUAGGCGAUUAUCCUGUUGAGUGGACACGGGCUACAGAACACAAAGGAGUUUACAGCACAACUAUGUUAUGUAACCCCGGUACCAAUUUCACCCUCCAGCAAAACGGAAGUCAAAGUCUUUGUGUUCGGAUAUCCAGCGAAAGUGUCAACUACACAAAUGCAAAGUUAGCUUGCGAGGUGUUGGGCGGUACUCUUUACACCCCUAAAACGGACGAGAAGCUCAAUAUUUUUCAACAACUAGUGACGUCGUUGAAUGUUAUGCUAUGGAUAGGAUUGGAUGACAUCGAAACAGAGGAUGUUUUUAAAUGGGCCGAUGAUGGGUCCAUACUUACAUCGUCAUGGCGAGUUCGUUUAUUUCCUUCAGGGCAACCAGACAAUGCCUGGGGAAACGAAGACUGCGUCAGCUACAACUACUACUUUCCUAAACAAAUUAACGAUGCUGCUUGCGACAUUAAAAUGAAUUAUUUGUGUGAAAUGUCUAUUCUACAACUUUAAUGGCUACACAUUAACUAGAAACACACAUACAUUGGAAACUGGAUUCUGCAGAACGUAUUAUGGACACUCGAUUCUACAAGAUGCCUUAUGGAUACUCGAUGAUCUUCUUAUAUAAGGAUAGCGUGGAAUUCUGUAAUAUUUAAGUCGAAUUAAACUUUGGUCAUAUUCAGGGCAAAGGUCAGCAGUGUGAGCCUGCUUCGUUUUAAAAAUAAAGAUGGCUGUCCAACGUGUUACUUUCUUGUCAUUUACAAUUGGUAGCUUUAAUUAAUAACUGCUUUUUGCUUCUAUUGUUUUUUUCUGUUAGGUUCCAAGAUUUCUAUUGAUUAUCUAAUUCGGGAAUACAGCAAUAAAUAAAUUUAAGCAAUUUGUAACGUCCGUGUUAGGUCGAUACUAUGGGAGAAACUCCAUUAUAGGUUUAAGAUUACACAAUAUGUAAUUGCAUUAU